GCUAGUUCCGGAAGUAACCGCGGACAGGUGCGAAGUUGUUGACAGGUGAAGUUGGACACUUUUAAAAUGUGAAAAAUCAGCCCAAGAAAGAGCAAAGAAUUGACAAAUUAUGGAAUAUGUAACCGAAAGAAAUGCGGAAUAAUUCAAGAACAGUUAAAUUUACCAGGACGAAGCAUGCAAAUUCAUGGUCACCCAGUUCCAAAAAUUGAUACAAACUUUUUGUAUCAAAAAUGUCCCAUUCUUUUCGAUUGACGAAACUUUUACCACGAUUCCUUAGAAACGACAAGCAAAAUCCGAAUAGGGCAAGUGAAUCAAAAAGUGGACCUGUUUGUAAAGUUAUAUUUUUGGAUGAAACAGAUAAUUUAUUUCCAUUUAAGAGUAGUCACAAAGGACUUUCUCUCCUUGAUAAAGUAUUUUCCUAUCUGAAUCUAGAAGAAAAAGAUUAUUUUGGACUGCGCUAUCUUGAUACCUCAGACCAAACUCAUUGGUUAGAUCCAUUCAAAUCAUUAUCAUCACAGUUAAAAUUGUGCAAUACUCCAUACACAUUAUAUUUUGGUGUCAAGUUUUACCCAGCAGAUCCAUGUAAAGUCAGAGAAGAAAUUACAAGAUACCAGUUUUUCCUCCAAGUAAAAAGAGAUAUCCUUCAGGGGAGGCUACCUCUGACUUUUGAUGAAGCCACAGAAUUGUUUGCCUAUGCAGUUCAAUCUGAGCUUGGUGACUAUGACCCUCAGAGGUAUUCCCCGGGAUACAUAUCUGAGUUUAGAUUUGUGCCAAAUCAGACAGAAGAGCUUGAAGAAAGAAUAUCAGCUUGUCAUCGGAGACUAGUGGGCCUAGUUCCGACAUCAGCUGAGUAUAAAUUUUUAGACAAAGUGAAAUGGUAUGAUAUGUAUGGUGUUGACCUUCAUCCAGUUUUGAAUCUCCCAUACACUUUACAGGGUGAAGGAAAUCAAGAGUAUUUUUUAGGGCUAACUCCUACGGGUAUUGUGGUGUAUAAAAAUAAAACAAAAGUGGGAAACUACUUCUGGCCAAGGAUAACCAAAGUUACCUUUAAACAUAAAAUAUUUAUAAUAAAAGUCAAAGAUAAGAACAGUGAAGAGCAUACUUAUGCCUUUGAGUUAGGAACCAAGGCAGCAUGUAAACAUCUGUGGAAAUGUUGUGUGGAACAUCAUGCAUUCUUCAGACUAAACCAAGUGGCAGAUGCAUUAUCUAUAUCAGGAAAACACUUCAGGUCAAGCUCUAGAAGGAGUAAAAGUGGUCGCCAAUCAAGAGACACACAAUCAGAGUCUGGUCGAUCCCAGCCUGACGUACCAAGGGCACAUAGUAAACGCUACCCAAGAAGGACAACUUCAGAUUCCAGACUUAGCUCUCAGCUUUCUUCAGAUGGAUUACCAUAUAUGCAAAAUGACAGAUCUGUUUCCAUGGUAGCAGCUCCAGAAUAUGUCAAAGGGCCUAGGCAUAGAUCUUUACCAGAAUUACAUGGGUCUCCAAAGAGUACCAGGUCUGCACCAUGGGAAGUGAACACAGAUGUUGGUUUAUACACAUCUGGUCGGGAUUCCCCUGUUUCCAUGUAUAGUGAUGCCAAUAAAUUUCCCCAAAAGUCCCAAGGUCAAGGCAGUGAUACAGAAAGUGGCCAUCGGAGAAAAUAUUUUCCUAAAAAUAAAGGAUCAGAUAAUGAAAGUGAUGUCUCAUUCUCUAGGAGGAUAAGAAGAGAAGUAGACAGUGGCAGUGAAUCUGAUGUCUCGCCUGUACGGUCUAGGCAUAGACGUCCUAAAAGUUCUGGAGACUGGUUUGAAUCUCAAUGGAAGGACGCCAUGGAGGGGUACUUACCAAAUAAAGAUACUCAUAUGAAUGGGUCCAUACCUUCUAUUAACUCAGCUCCAACAGGAGAUGCCAAGAGAAGGAGAAGAAGGAGAACUAAAUCUCCAGGAACAACCAAAAGACCUCCAGAGGAACUCAGAGAACAUUUCAAGUAUAAUUUGGUGGACACUGAGGGAAUGUCAGUAGAACAACUAAGAGAUAUACCAUUUGUACAAGUAGAGACCAAAGCAGAGCCUUUCAAGGUGAAAUAUUCUCCAAAUACCAGACAAAGAUACAGAUCUCCUAAAAGAAAAAGCUAUGGGGAACCAGACCACAAUGCCAAUCUACCUCAGAGUUCUGGUGAGGCUGACUUACCUCCCCCUUACUCCUCCUUGUUACAGGAGGCAGGACAGAAACAUUACUACAGUGAUACAAAUUCUUACAGUAACCAGAGAAAUCCAUUGUAUGAACAGAGAGAUAGAUCAAAAGGUUUUAAGCCUUGGUACCCAGAUUCAAUAUCUCUAGCGUCAUACGAUACUGUAUUGAGCCGUGAUGAUGCAAAUCAUUCUGAUCAGACAUCCAACAGUAAUAACACAGAUCAAAGGAUAGGAACACCUGGACAGAAUUACAGAAGCAAUGUGAUGAACAUAAGAAGUACAGAACAGAGAAGUCAAGGUCAACACCAGCAGCAGACAGGAAGAAGCACACCACAACAAACAGCAGACACACAGGCAAACAUACAAAUAAACAACGAGGCAGUAUCAGAGGAGUCCGACAGUGUAUUUGAAUCUAUUACUUCUAACAGACAAGAACCAUUUUCACAGUCAAAUGAGAGAACUAUUAGACAACCCCUGCCUCGAUCAAAUGAAAGGACUGCUUUCAGUCCAGUAAAUCAAAGCAAUAAUUACCACAACACUUCAAAUUCACACAGACAGGAUCAGUACAGAACUGGAUUAUCUCCCAUGGGUAGGACUGAGUUAUCCCCCAUGAAUAAACAGGAUUACAGGCAAACAUCAAAUAAUCAGUCUAAUGGAUAUCAGGGCUAUAAUCAGGGGAAACAAACCUCAUAUACAAACUAUUCUAACAGACCUCUACCAGAAAGGCCAAAUGAAUCUUCUCUGGCUGACAGGACCUCUAGGAGUUCAGGGACUCCUGAAAGACCAACCACUAGAGGUUCAGUAACCCCUGAAAGACCAAUGACUAGAGGAUCAUCAGGUACACCUGAGAGACAAACAAGACAUUCAGGAACUCCUGAAAGGCCAAUAAGAAAUGCAGGAACUCCGGAGAGGCCUAUGUCUAGAGGGUAUGGAACACCAGAAAGACAAAAAAGAAAUCCAGGGACUCCAGAGAGGCCUAUGUCUAGAGGUUAUGGACCACCUGAAAGAAUAUCUCAAGGAAUGGCAUAUAGUCAAAUGAAUCAAGGCAGGUCUGUUGAAAGAGGGAAUUAUAACACAUACAAUAGAGAGCAGUCCCCAGGUAGUACAACAAAUCAGACAACAAUUAGACAGAAUUUUAACACUGUAAAUAAAUUUGGUAAUGAUGAUAAAUCUCAGGAAUACUCACAGAAAAUUUCGCCUUCAGUUAGAAACACUGGUGUGUCUACUGAUUCCAAUUACUCAUAUCAAAGGACCCCUGAUCGUAAUCAACCCUCAUCAAAUGUUUAUAGUCAUGGAUAUGGAACUCAAGAAAGCAUUAAAAAGUUGUACAGUUCACCAAAAGAUUCUCGGGGCAUGUAUGCUACACAAGAUAGUAUACGAAGAAUGUACAAUAGUCCAAAUGAUUCAAAUUAUCGACCAAACCCUCCUUCGGUUAGGGGACACAAUCCAAAUUCACAAAUGCAUCCAUCAUCUCAACAGUUUCAUCCUUCAUAUUCACCUCCUAAAAAUCGACAAGAUUCUCACAGAACUAUGACUCAUGAAAGAAUUGACACAAGUGUACUGAAUCAACCAAAAUCUUCAAAAGGACGUAAUCUGUGGACAGAAAUAUGAAAUCCUCUACCAACCAAAAUCGGAACAAUGCCGUUAUCUGGAGACAGAAAUAUUGUAUACUUUGAGAUAUAGAAACUGCACAGAAAUUGAUUGUCCAAGUAUUCUUAACCAACCAAACAGAGUUGUAAGCAAGGGAGAUCUGUUGGCAGAAAUAUGACAUUAUUUACUGUCGGUUCAUUAUGAUUCGUUGGAUAACAAUUUUCGUGGAUUUUAUGGGUACAGGGGAAUUCCGAAUUUAAAUGUUCAGCAAAUAUAAGGUUGUAUGCAGACUUUGGCAAACAACAAAACCAAAAAUCCACAAAAAUACAAGUUUUCCUUAAUCCACGAAAAUUGGUACCAAUGAAAAUAAAUGAAUCUAUAGAAUUAUCAGUCACAGAAAAUCACAAUAUCAUGGUCAUAGGACUUAUGUCUAUAAUAAAACAAAAUUUAAGAUCGAGCAGAGUCAAAAUAGAUAAAGAAACAGUUUUAAAUCAAGACAAAUGUAAAAUCAUACUUAUUCCAUACAUUCAAAUGUGUUUUAGAAAAUAUGCCUGUCAAUCUUAGGCCACAGCCUUAUUUUCUGUUUGAAUCAUUUGACAGGUCAUUAUGUCCUUUUAUUACAAAAAAUGGUAUGGUUAAGUUAGUUAAGUCUGAACUUUAUGAUGAGUAAAGAUAUCAUUUUGUAGUUCUAUUUUUAUACAUAUAAACACAGAACAAAAAAGAAUCCACUUUAACUUUUAAUUGUAAGAGGUUUAUCUUAUUUCACCAGUAUUUAUUUCACUGGUAGGGUCAGAAAGUUGAGAACCCUACAAGGAUUGAUUAAAGAUUUUUCAAUAAUUUUACAUACAUCCAUAACAUUAAAAUUGUAUACAGACUGAGUGCUAAAAGUUGUUGUUGUAGACAAAUGUUUUGAAUUUGCAUGUUUUUGUAAAUUUUUUCAUUGGAGGACAUUGUCAACCAACAAAAAUCACCUGUAAUUUAUGUGAUACUAUUAAACUUUGGUUUUGAUAUAUAAUUCUCUUUCUCAAUAAUUGUUUGGACAAAUAUUUAAACUUUAUCAAAUUUGUUCAAUAUUGCAGUUUUGAGCCAUCUUUAGACAUUUACAUAUUCAGACAUACAUUAUGAUUUUGCUCAAAGUACACAAAUGAAGCUGUAAUCCUGAGAAAUUUAGGUGAGAUUUAAAAGACUUAAGAAAAUGUGUAAAAACCAUCAAACUGGACAACAAAAAUAUUUCAAGAACCUGUAUUCAUUUUUGACAUACAUUUUUGACAUAAUAAAUAAAACUCUACAGAAACACAUUGGCAAUGUCAAAAACAAGGAGAUAUACAGUCAGUGACUUUAUCACAAAUGAAAAUACAGUCAAUGCAAUUUGACUGCAAGAAUAGCACAGUUGCAGAUUAAAUUUCUGAUUGAAUCUCAGGCACUCAGCUAUAAAAUGUUAAUGUCUCAUCUUCUAUUCUUUAGAAUAAAAGACUAUCACUUGUAUCAUUAUGACAUUAUUUAUUACUUUUUAUACUACAGAAGUGCUUGUUUUAUUUAUAUAAUCUUUUUAUUAAGAACUAACUUUCCUAAAAAUCUUAAUAUAUGACAAAUGUACUUCGAAAUUCAUAAAUUUGUGUUGAUUCUUUUUUGAUUUUAUACAUGUUAAUCCUUUGUUUUUUAACACCAAUAGCAUAUUUCUGAACCAUUAGCCACAGGAAAAUUGAUGAAUUUAUUACUUUAACCCUAUGAAGUGGUUGAUACAUUUUAUUGUCAAGAUUUUGUUAAGAUGAGAAUAUGCAAAGAGGAACAUUUAUUUCAUAAAAUGGAUAUUAAUUUCUUCACAUUAGCAUGUAUAACAGCACAUGCAGAAGUUUAUUUUUUAUCAAUCAAGUAAAUAAAAGUAAUGAAUCAAGUUACCAGAGAACACCAUCCAUGAAAACCUCUUCCCUGUGAUAACAAAAUUCGUAUGAUUUUUUAAGAACAAAUAAUGAUUUUUAUAAGAUUUUAUUUAUAGUGCUGACUUUGUAUGGUUGUCUAUAUAUCCUCUUUUUUAUGAAAAUUUAUAUUUAUUAUACAUAUCUAUAAAUAUACACUUUACAAAUGUUUAAUGUUACAUAAGGUUGUGUCCAUGGUGAUUGAAGUAUGAAGGAUUUAGGUAGAAGUCAAAAGGAUUAGUACAGUCUUUUGACACUAAUGUUUGCACUGUUAGUUAAAGAAGGGUUUCUAAGGAUUUCUUGAUAGGUUUUACAGAGUAUCUAUUGUCAGUAAAUGAUUGUGAUUGUUUAUUUGUGAUCUUGCCAGUUAAUUAUCCUUAUACAAGUACUUCUGUACAGAUAUAUAUAUCUAAAAAACUUCAGCUGAUAAAAACUUUUCUCAACUGGUUGUUUUUUUAUGAUCAUUUUCUGGUUCUCUUGUUCUCUGAUUGGUAAAAUUUCAAUUUCCCUGCACUUUUCUCUUUGGUAUGUUAAUUUCAUGACAAAUGUGACCAAGUUGAAUAUUGCAAAUCACCAGAAAGCAAGAAGCAUAAGAAGGUCAAACUUGCUGAUAUUUAACAACAGAAGAUUGUACAUUUGCAUCUCCUGGUUGCAUUUUUUAUAUUGUGUAUUUUACCAUAGAUAUGGGAAGACUUGCAACUGAUAAAUGAAAUUGUAAAUUUGUACAAAGAUAGAAAUAUAGAUAUCAGACUAUUUCAUUUUCAAUGAUUUCAUUGGGAUAUAUCCUAUAUUUUUUUUCUUUAAGAAUGUUGCAUUAAUUGAAGAAGCUAAAUAAUCCAACACCAUAAUUGGUUUGAUACUUUUGCCGUCAACCUCCACUACCUAAUAGAAGUUUUCAAUAACAAUUUAAUUAUACUUUUUGUAAAGUACACAGAUUAUUCCUAACUGUUUACUUACUACUGUGUGAGCAGGCCAUAGCUGGUGUUUUGAGGGACCUAUAACAAUUUUGUUUUGUGAGUGUUUGUUUUUAAAUUUUACAUUUAUUUAGAUCUGACUAUUUAUUUUUUCAUAUUACGUGUCUUAUGCGUCCAAAUUUAAAAAAAUAGUUUCGGUCAUAUUGAUUAACAAUAUUUAUGGAAGUUUUUGUAUACUGUUGCCUGUUGGUGAAAUAUAUAUAAGUAUUUUGUGUAAAUUAAUCGUAGAUAAGAGAGUGUGUAACUAAGCAAUAAUAGUAUGCAAUAACUGCUGAGUGUACAUAUAUAUUUGUAGAUAUAAUUUAUAUUUUUGAUACUUUUGUUUGUAUAUUAUAUUAUUUUUAACAUUUAAACCUACAUUCAUUGCAUGGUUGAAGUAAUAGUGGGACUCCAUAUUAUCCUCAGUUUACCACUGGACGUUAAGCAACCAACAAUCUAUCAAUCAAUCCUCAGUUUAAUUGGUUUAAAUGUUCAAUCUAAUUGGGAGCUUACAAUUUGAGGCUCUAAGCAUUUGGAUAAUAUGUUAUAUUUUAGAUACUUUCAUUUAGAUUUUACAAAUUUAUAAGGAAUGAAUAUUCAGUGAUAUGUAAAUUAAGUGAACAUUCUUCUAGAAUUUAAGAUGAAUAAAUAUCAUUUAUUUGAUGGUGUAUUGUUUUUGUUUGUUAAAAAGUCUUUUAUAGGCAUUUAUUUUAUAUCCAAGGCAACUUUUUGAAAGGCAUUUUUUUUUUAUUAAGGGAAAUGAGAACUCAUGUUAUCGUAACUUUCGAUAUCCAGGGCAGUUGUAACUUGUAGUCAGGAAAUCAGAACACAUAAUUUUAUUUGUGAAUAAAUGAACAAAUGAUUGUUUUCCUACAUUGAAGUUACAGAAUAAUAAAUAUAUGUAAUAUUUUCUAA